AUGUCGUCUGCAGACCCGCUCAACACGCCUCCCGAUGCCGUAAAACGCUCCCGGUAUACCCAUCGCCACUUCCAACUCCUGCGCCAAGGCUCUACUGCAACACCUCUACGCGCGAUUGCACACAUCGAUCUCGAUGCCUUUUAUGCACAAUGUGAGAUGGUGCGAUUGGGCACACCGCGUGAUACCCCACUUGCUGUCCGUCAGUGGGAAUCCUUGAUUGCGGUGAACUAUCCGGCGAGACCAUUCGGUAUCAACCGCAUGAUUACAGCUGGGGAAGCCAGAAAAAUAUGCCCCAAUAUCAUCUUACAACACGUUGCAACGUUUCGAGAGGGUGAGGGUGGUCGAUGGGCUUAUCGGGAUGAUUCGUUUCGGAAUAUCAAGACUGAUAAGGUGUCCUUGGAUCCUUAUCGGGCGGAGUCGCGGAAGAUUCUCAAAACUAUGAAGGAUGAGGUAGAGAGAUGGUGCACGGACGAUUCAGAUGACGAUGAAACUGUUGGUCUCAUACAGGGACUGUCAGCGAGUCUGGAAAAGGCCAGUAUCGAUGAAGUCUUCAUUGAUCUAUCUCCUCUCAUCUAUUGUGUCUUGCUACGGAGGUAUCCGGAACUCCGGGCGAUUGCAAAAAAUGACAAGAAGGACGUUGAAUUGCCUUGUCCUCCUACAACGGCGCUCCAAUGGGACCAGGAUUGCCUCAUAGAUUUGGACCUCCAGGAAAGCGAGGAAGAUGACCCGGAUUGGGAUGAUGUGGUCAUGCUGGUGGCCGCAGAGAUUACAAGAUCAGUCAGAAAGGCUGUGUGGGAUAAUCUCCACUACACAUGCUCUGCGGGAGUUGCACGUAAUAAGAUGCUUGCCAAACUAGGCAGUGCUUGCAACAAGCCAGAUAAACAAACCGUCGUGCGAAAUCGCGCUGUUCAAAACUUUCUGGCUGGGUAUAAAUUUACUCAGAUCCGGAUGUUGGGUGGCAAGCUCGGAGACCAGAUCACAUCCGAUUUUGGCACCGAUCAAGUAAGUGGUCUUCUUGACGUGUCGUUGGAUCAGCUUCGUGCCAAACUGGAUGACCACACAGCUACUUGGCUAUAUGGUACUAUCCGCGGAGAUGAUCGCAGCGAGGUCAACCCCCGAACUCAGAUCAAAUCUAUGUUAUCUGCAAAGUCAUUCCGCCCAAGCAUCAAUUCAGUCGAACAAGCAGAGAAGUGGCUGCACAUCUUUGCAGCUGAUAUCUACGGACGACUAGUCGAGGAUGGUGUACUUGAAAACAGACGCCGUCCUCGAGUCAUCACUCUACACCAUCGGCUUGUAGCGACUCGAUCUCGCCAGAUUCCUAUUCCGGGUUCUAAUACUAUUGAUGAGAAUUUACUUUUUGAGCUGGCUCAGACUUUGCUGUGCCAAGUCCUUGCUGAUGGACAAGCAUGGCCAUGUGCAAACUUGUCUUUGAGCGUGAGCAAUUUUGAGGAUGGUGUGUCCAAGAACAGGGCCAUUGAAGGCUUCUUGGUUCGCGGUGAUCAGGCCAAGUCUUUGACCCAUGCAUCUAGAUCUCGUGAUAUGGACACUGCAUUUAGUGAACAGCCGCCAGCGGAGAAGAAGAGGAAGCUCGACGAAAAAAGCAUUAAACGCUUUUUCAACCAGCCGCCUGUUAGUGGCUCUGCCCCAUCCGAGGAAGGAUGUCCCCAGUCCCAACUAGAUGGAGCCUCGGCAUCAUUCACCAUAGAGGGCGUGGCUUCUCCGGAAGAGAACUUCGAUAUCCCACAGUUUACUUGUCCACGCUGUUCCAAGUCCAUUCUUGAAUAUGAAAAAGAAGAACAUGAGGAUUGGCAUUUUGCCAAAGACUUGGAGAAUGAGGAACGACAGGCCGCACGGAAUGCUCAACCACAAGAACGCUCCGUAAAUUCUUCUCGACCGACAAGUCGUGGCCGAGGAGGUCGAAGCACCCGUGGAAAGUCCGAAAAGGGACAGAUGCGCCUUGCCUUUUGA